UGUGAAAUCUCGUGCAAAGCACUACUUUAGAGGCUUGUGAAUAGGCCAACGAGCUAGACAAGCAAGUCAAUCCGGAUUAUGUAAAAAAGGGGAGAAAAAGACCCAAAGUGGAUCAAGAACUGAAUUUGAUUGCUCCAUCUCUGGAGACAAAGACACCCACAUAUAUCUUAAACAAUUUGGAAUCAUUUAAUCUGUCGUCCACAUCGUGUGCUGUCCCCUGAGCGUGCUCGAUUUGACUCGUGACGAUAGAAAAAGUGUUUCGUGUACCUGUGAAGGGCGAGUUGUUUUGACGUUUUUCCAGCCUGGAAUGAGACUUUAUUGAUUUAACCUCAAUCCCCCUUCAAAGGUGCCCUUGGAAUAUGCCGAGCACAACCAUGAAAGAUGCAUGAUAGGUUGGCUGAUUUCUUCAGAACAUGGAGCAUGCGAGCAGGAGAGAGAAAGACAGAGUGUCCCGAUUACGUAAAUCGUAGGUUCAAUCUUGCAAAUUGAAACUCAUCCACUCGCGUGUCUUUCUGAAUGUCUGGCCUUUUCUCCAACGAUUCCGAGCUGCACAAUGUGGUGGUCGCAACUUCAAUAACUGAAGCCUUUGUCUCUCUUUGAAAAGAGGCCCAUGCCACUGCCAAGUCUUGACCGACAUGAUACUUAAUCUUGGAGCCUUCGGCCACAACCACCUCCCAAAGCCAUCCAAAUCCCUUGGUUUCUCCUCGUCAUAUGUAAAGAUCCCAAGCUCACCCAGCUCCACCCGCCCCAUUGUCUCCUGCUGAGGAUCUGAGGAUCUCUGUCAUUAUAGAGCAUUAUGACCACCUUGUUGGCCUCUAGGCCCCCUAUCUUUUUGGGCAGACCCACUCAACAAAAGCCUACAGAAGGGCCUGUGCUUCAAUGCUUGUGCGCCCAUGUCCCGAUUCCGAUGAGCUCCACGAACCAUUUACUGGAACAAGUCAAGCAGCAUGGUUCCAACAAGAUUUCCAUUGACGAUGAUUUCCCUUCCUUGGAGUCCCUCUCGUCGGGCGCGGCCGUGAAUGGUCAGGAUGGUACCAGGUUGAGGCGUUCACGGUCCCUACCGCAAGACGAAUUCCGAGCUUUGAUCCAAAAACUUAAGGAGCUGGAACGAACGGAUAGCUUCGUAGGUGGACGGGCACAAGAUUCUGGGUUCAACAGCGAGCAGCCCAGUGGCAUUCUGGGGAGUGAACCUCCAAGUCAAGGCGCCAGUGACGCUCCCAGCGCCAUCUUUGGCGACGAUCUGCACAGCGGGUAUUUGGAGCAUUAUGGUCUGGAUGGUCCAUUAGCGCCCCCGGUUCCCAUUGCGGAACAAAACCAUCAGAGCCAGAAUCCCCCGGCCCCCAUUCCUCUUGAGCAGCUCAUUGCCAUUCCGUCAGGCACCUCGACCAACACCAGGAAAAAGAGAAAAGAGGAAUUGAAACAAUCCACAAUUAGACAGCAUUACUACCCUGAAGGAGGAUGGGGAUAUGUCAUAGUAUUCGUGGCCUUUAUCGUUCAAAUGAUCAGUCAUGGGCUGCACAUGUCUUUUGGAAUCCUAUUCAUUGUCAUACUGAAACGAUGGGGAGAGGAUAAGGAGGUGGAAUCAGCGUUCUUGGGAACCAUGUCCGUGUCCGUGGCCUUAUUUUGGUCGCCCUUGACGAUUGGCGUUUGUCUGAGGAAAUCCACCCGUUUAACGGCUGUCAUUGGGGGAUUGGUGACCGCUUUGGGUUGUCUGUUCUCUUCUUUUGCCAGUCAGUAUCAUCAGCUCUUUCUGAGCUUUGGCUUGAUUGUAGGAAUCGGUGUUGGCAUGACACGAGAUGCAGCCAAUCUCAUGGUCGGGCAGUAUUUCAAGCGCAAACGGGAAUUGGUUGAGAUUGUUUUUGUGUCUGGAUCAGGAUUGGGAAUCUUGGCCAUGUCCUUAUUUAUCAGCGAUACUACCUCAACGUUUGGGUGGCGCCUGGGCCUGCAAAGCCUUUCGGGGAUAUCCUUCGUUCUGUUCUUCUUGGGCACUUUCUACCGCUCAGCCUCUUUAUACCAUCCCCAACGAAGAGCUAUCCUUCAUUUGAAAACCCAGAAGAGGAAGAUAAAGAACAAAGACAAAGAGAAAAAUAAAAUACAAGAUGAUCGACUGCCAUUCUUUGACUUCACCACGCUGAAAAGUCGAACGAUACAAAUUAUUCUUUCAUCCAUUUUUGUGGCCUUCGUCGGUCUCAAUGCGCCCUUAUUCUUAUUGCCCAAAUUAGCCUUGGACCAAGGCCUCGAUCGUUCCAGUAUCACACAGAUGCCCAUUCACUUGGGUGGAGGUUGGAUACUCGGCGUGUUGGCUUUUGGAAUGGUGAUCGUGAACAACUCUUCCGAGUGUCGAAUAGCUCGCCAAUACUUGUGUCAAGCGGCCUUGGUGAUGGUGGGCUUGGCUUCAUUGAGUCUUAAGGGUGUGGAUGGCCCAAGUGGAUUCAUUUUGUUUGCUUGGCUCUACGGCAUUGGUCUGGGUGGUUACAUUUACUCCUUACGGAUGUAUCUAUUUGAAAAGGUUCGGGCUAGAAAUUUUGCUCGAGCCUGGGGCUUUGCCCAAUGUGCCAUGGCAUUGCCUAACUUGAUUGGCAUGCCUAUAACCAUUCUGAUCAAUCGACUGGGUGAUCCGAGCUAUGGUCAAUAUUUCUGCACCGUAUCAGUAUUAUCGAGUGCAUUUCUCUUGGUUUUGGUGGACGUUCACAAGAAGAACCUCAGACGAAAGAAACGGCAACUUCAUCACACCAAGUCCAUCGGUUCCACGGCGACUGGAAUGUCAUCCUCGUCAUGUCCCUCUCACCCCUACGGCAACGGCAAUAGCCUCGUUCUGUUGGGUAACAGUGCCUCGGGUGGAGCCAUGGGAUCGGUCAAUGGACAGAUCAUUGUCAACAUUCCAUCCAUUCAUUCCAUGGGAGCACCCGAGUUGAGUGAUGGAGGAAUGGGCGUUCUCUCUACGGCCUCCACGGGCAGCCGAAAGUCGGACAGGCACCGUUCUUUCCCGGGCCACAAGUACGACGACGGUGUGUUGUAUCCCGUGAACGUGAAUGGAAAUAGCGAUAACCAAGAACUCGUGCUUCUGCGGCCAAAGCCAGAGCUCACCUUGAUUUCUGAAGAAGAGGGUAUCGGCGACAUGGAUAUUCCGGAAAACUACUUUCUCGCUGAGGAGCUCGACUUUCUGGAGAACAUUACGUCUUGUAACAAAGUCGAAAAUUGUGUCAUGUUGAGCGAAUUUGAGCAAAACUUAUACAAAGAGAGUGAAGGAGAUGACAAGGGGUCGAGUAGCUCAUCAACUGGGUCCGUUUCCAAGAUGACUAUUCCUCAAUUCCGAAGGAAGUCUCGAUUUGGGCGGAUCUUUUCAUCCACCACUUCCAAGUCAAAAAGACCAAUCACGACAAUUGAGGAAAAUUCAGUAUAAAGUAUGUCCAAACUUAGCCGCCGAUUUAGUUUCAUGUAAAAACGAUCGCAUUUCCUCGGCUUCAGCUGCCUUUAUACUUAUUGAUUCAAUGGUAUACAAAUUGAUGCAGAUCAAUGUCUUGAAAUUCCUAGUAACCAACGCCAAAGAACCCGAAAGCUGUGAUGACUUGUUCAAAUUUGACCUUAAUUCAUAUAAGACGUGUAACUUUUUUUCCCCAAUGGUCCUCAAAAAGGCCACAAAAGAAGGGGCGUGACUAUGUGUCUCAUUAUAAAUUCAAUGCCCGAACGAAAUACAAUCAUCAA